AUGCUCGUGACGCUGCUGAUGGCGCACGCUCUCCGUCGCAUCCUCUACAGCACGUGGCGACCCGCCGACCACCAGUUCGCCUUCGUGGCCCGCAACCCCCGCAGCCCGGCCAGCACCCUCUUCUGCCACCUCUUCGUGGGGCCACCGGGUGAGGUCCAGACCCUGCACCUCUUGCUCUGCCGCUCCUUCCAGCUGGGUUACCUGCUGGCGCACCCCGAGGAGCAGGGGGGUGAGGGGGACCCCCCGGGGCUGGGGGUGCUGCGGGAGCCCCUCAACCCCGAGGAGGUGUCGCGCAACGUCAACGCCCUGGUCUCCUUCCGACGCCUGCCCGCGCCCCCCGCCCUGGGCGCCCGGGCACCGGGGGUGGGUGCUCCCCGACGGGGUGAUGGUGACCGUGCCACGGGGCUUUGGGCGGCGGGAUGGGAGAGCAAAGGGGCGAGGAGCUUGGCCUUCCUCCCCGAAAACGAGAGCGUCCUCGCCGAGAGCGUGUGGGCCUUCGCCGGCAUCGCCAGGGAUGGGGGGAUCGCGCUGCUGCGGCGGGACGUCCCCGGUGCCUUCCUGCUGCGCCCCGAGCCCGGGCCAGCCCCGCGCUGGUGCCUGUGGGUGCGGGCGCCCUGCGGCGUCGUCCCCUAUGGGCUCUGCAGGACCCAGCAGGGCCGGUUCUGCGUGGAGCACUCCAACGCCGAGUUCUCCAGCGUGGCCGCCCUCCUGGCUCACUACUCGGGGGGGCCGGGGGGCUGCUUCUGCCGCUUGGCCACCGGCCGCCGCAACCCCGGCUAGGAGGAGCAGGACGCCGGGGGGCCCGCCAGA